AUGUAUAUAUUAUUUGUCGAAUUACUAAAACAAUUACCUCAAACAGAAUACGCUAAACAUGUAAUGCUAGAUAAAUGUAGAGAUUAUUAUCGCCGUAAUCAAAGUGAAUUAAAAAAAAUUGAACAGUUUCGUAAGAAGUACAAAUCUGAUCAAGCAAUUAAUUGGUAUACAUGCGACUCGUUUGUCUAUCGUCUUGUAAAUCAAGCAUUUCGUACCGAAGAUAUUACAUUAUGGUUUCUAAUCCGUUUUUAUAUUGUCGAUGGUUUGUCUAUCGUCGAACAAACUCAUUAUGAUGGUGUGAUGACCGUUUACCGUGGACAAUCACAGUUCCCAUUGAAAGAAUUUGAAUAUAUGCAGCACAAUAUUAACAGUUUAUUUGCAACAAAUGCAUUUUGGUCUACAUCUAAGUCUCUAGGCGUUGCAUUGCAGUAUGUGAAAGAUGCUACGGACACAGAUGACUAUAAGGUUGUGCUCUUUGAAAUUACCGUAGAUCAAACUCGGUUUAAAAACUUAGUUUUUGUUGAUAUCGACGAAUGGCGUAAACGAGAAAGUGAAAAUGAAAUUUUAUUUACCAUUGGAUCAGUGUUUAAAUUGAAAAGUAUUGAACGAGAUGAUCAACUGAACCUAUGGAAAAUUUGUAUGUCAGCCACCGAUGAAAGUAUGGAACAAUUGAAAGUUCAAAUUAAAUUAAUGAAAUUAAAAUAUCAAUAUGAAAAUAAUACUAAUCUAUUAUUUGGAAGAUUUUUAUUAGAUUUUGGACAUUACUCAAAAGCUGAAUCUUAUUUUCAAUUAAUGUUACAACUAGACAAUGAAGUUACAUCCUCAGUUUAUGAUUAUCUUGGAAACUUGUAUAUGUCUACAACAAAUUGGUAUGAAGCAUAUAAAAACUUUAGUUUAUCGUUGAAGAUGAAGAGUACCAACAGUUUUUCCUUCUAUUUUCGACAGGAUUUUGGAAUAACGUAUAUUGGAUUAGGCAAUUACUAUAAAGCCAUUGAAGAUCUCGGUUUAGCUUAUAAAUAUUACAGAGAAGCAUUACGUUGCUGGAACAGUGAAAAUGAUGACGAUCAAAUUAAUAUAGCUGUAACAAAACUAAAUUUAGCAUCAGUUUAUUUAACUGACUACAAAGCUGCCAUUGACUUAUGUUUAGAAGCACGUGAAGUAUUAGAAAAGCACAAGUAUGAGCCACGUCCAUAUGCAGAAAUCAUUUAUUGUCAUUAUUUAGUAGGCAAUAUUCAUUGUAGACAAUUAGAUUAUUACACAGCCGAAGAUUUUUACGAGGCAGCAUUUAAAAUGAGUGAGAAAUUUCUACCAAUUGGAAGUUAUCAUCGUAUACGUUGUAUCAAUGCUCUGUCUGAGUUAUAUCAAAAGAAAGAUGAGAAUAAUAUGCGUUCACUUCGAUUUUGUAAUGGACAGUUAGAAUUACAUGAGAACUAUUUGCCAGAAAGUCAUUUAAGUAUUGCACAUUUAUUAAUGAUUAUUGGCGAUUUACUUACACCUAGUAUGCAUGAGGAUAAAUUAAAUUUCUAUUAA